UGGAUAAUACUUUAAAUCGGUAGUGUUGUAAUAGCUGUAGGCAUGAGUAUUGUGCGUGGAGGGGGGUUGCUCAGUAAAGAUAAUGGAAAUCCAAUACAUCGGGGGACCAUCAGAUUAAAAAUAGACUGGUGGGUGCGCGCCUGUACACGCAGAACCUUCUCUGCAGCUCAGGAAGGACUACGUCCCCAUUUGAUCUUCAUACCAGCCACGCUGUGAAGCAAGUCGAGAGAGGAAUACCCUAACCAAAACUGUCUUCAUGAUACAGCAGGACCCUAUCUACAGUCCAAAACGCUGGAAAAUUCCACACGUAACGCGGAUUAGAGGCCCGACUCCCCCAGUAGCCUGCAAUAGGCAGAACUCAAUUUGCAGAGACCGCCGACCAACUCCGAACAGCGCGCGCCCCCAAGCAGGCGGAAGAAAACUUGACGGUCUCUGACAUCAGGAGCACUUACGCUCUCGACGUAAGGCUGCGGUGGGGCUGAGCGAGCGUCGGUGCGACGGGCCAGAACUCCGUGGAGGGCUGCGCAUGCGCCGCCUGCUAGGUGGCUGUUGGUCCAAGGAGGCUGGGGCUGCUAGAGGGUGAGUAGCGUGACGGCCGCCCCGAGAGGACCGGGGUGAGCUCGCGGAAGAGAGGCGUUCUGGUUGCCGUUCCCCUCCGGCGGGGAGCCUGGUUCUGGGGUUUGGAAGAAGGCGGGGAAACCUCUGGGGCUCUUUCGGAAGGGAAGCCCUCUCCCCAGCGUCCCCCUGGCUGGUCGCCCUCCUCGCGGGCAGUGGGUGUCUCGGCUCCGUCCAAGUAUGCAGGAAUACAAGGCUGGACAAGGAAUCUUUGCUUAUCAAGGUGGAGCAGUUGCCUUUUUCUCUUAUCUCUGGGGAAGUAGCUUGUUCCCUGUCUUUUGAUAUCUGUGUUUUGGAGGCCUAGUAAUCCUUUCCAGAAUGGAAAGAUGCACUUGAUACUUUCCUGAGGGCCUGGUGUUCUUUAUGGACAGUAGUAGCAGCCUGAGCUUGUUUAAUUUCAGACUGUCUUUUCCUAUAUUGUGGGGAGAGGUGGGCCGUGGAUCUUGGCUUUACAGUCAUCAUUGACCAAAAGAAAUGGAGGAGAAGGAACGAUGUGAUCAAUUCAAUCUGACACUCCUAGGUUAAAUUCUCUUAAACUAUUUUUCAAGGGAAGAUCAGAGGAGAAGAGAAUAUACUAAAAGCAAUUUCUGCAAGUUAAGGAAGCAGUUAGGAGAAUGGAAGAAGAAUGAUUCAAAUUUUGAAGUUGCUUUUGCAGCUAUCAAGUAAAGACAACAAUUGAAAUCAACCAUAGAUUUAUUAUUUGUGCUGAAGUUGUCUAUAAAGAAAAGGACAGUUUGCUCUUUGUUUCUUUUGUACAAAAAGAACCUUCACAAACAUCUCCAAUUUUCACAUCUGCACUGCUUUAAAAAAUGAGUUGCGUGCCAUGGAAAGGUGACAAAACAAAAUCCGAAUCACCAGAAACGCCACAGGUGAUGCCAGUGCACAUUUAUCAUGAAAAACAACGCAGAGAGCUAUGUGCCCUCCAUGCUCUCAAUAAUGUCUUCCAGGACAGCAAUGCCUUUACACGAGACACAUUACAGGACAUUUUCCAGAGGUUAUCUCCCAACACCAUGGUGACACCACACAAGAAAAGUAUGCUGGGGAAUGGGAACUAUGAUGUGAAUGUCAUCAUGGCAGCUCUUCAGACCAAAGGUUAUGAAGCAGUUUGGUGGGAUAAGCGCAGGGAUGUUAACGUAAUUGCCCUCUCUAACGUCAUGGGUUUCAUAAUGAAUCUGCCCUCAAGCCUCUGCUGGGGUCCACUGAAACUUCCCCUUAAGCGGCAACAUUGGAUCUGUGUUCGGGAAGUGGGAGGAACCUACUAUAACCUUGACUCCAAACUCAAGGUUCCUGAAUGGAUUGGCGGUGAAAGCGAGCUCAGGAAGUUUUUAAGAAACCAGCUGCAAGGAAAGAACUGUGAACUUCUGCUGGUAGUACCUGAAGAGGUAGAAGUACAUCAAAGUUGGAGAGUUGAUGCAUGACCUGCAAAAUAUCUUAUCUUUGCACUACAGUACUGGUCCUUAUCCCUUCCAACUUCUAAUGUCCUGUGAUGUGGAUAAUGAGCACUCUACUCUUCCCAGGAACUCUGGAAUUCUUUCCAUUAUGAGGGUGCAAUAAGGCAGUCGCAAGGUACUGUCAGGGCCAAACCAGACAGAUAAUAGAAGCUGGACGUACUAGGGGAAGAGGUAGAAGCAAGCCAGUUUUGCAUUCUUUCAUUAUAAUGCAGUGUGAAUUAGGAAUGGGGUAUUGGAAUCCUCUCCUUUAAUUUCUGGUUCACUUACUUACCCAUCAUCCUAAAAUACUUUAUAUUGAAUUGCGCACUACUGUCUCCAGGAGUCUCUACAGCUGGAUGGUUUCUCUCUCCUUCAGGGGUGGGUUGAGGCCAGGCAUGUUCCCUCCAUAUCUGUGACUUCCUUCUCUACCGAAUUUAUGUUGAAAAAAUUUGCAAACGGUAUGGGUCUCUCAGGAAAUUUUAGAUACUCUUAGCAAUGGUAUGGUGCUUGUGGAUUCCCUUUUUAAAUAGCAAUUGUGCCAAGAGUUAGGGGACAUAUUGACAAAAUGGGACCAUAAUUCUGAAACUCCUAUUGGAGUUUGGGGUUUUUCUUUGUCACACUUGAUAUUUUUGUUGGUCUGAGAAUGAAAGAGUAAAUAAUUUGGGGAGGUAAUUGAUGCUUAUUUUUUAAAAGCCUCAAAUAUUUUUUGUUAGGUGGGUCAGGUAUAGCCUGUUUUUAUUUAUCUUGUCUGUCCUGUAAUUCAGGGAAAUAAUUCACUGAGCAGGGAAUAUAUCUACAGACUGCUUGAGGAUGAAAUCAUGACAUAAAAGGAAAUCAUAGCCAAGUUUUAGCAAGGUAGGACAUUAUUUAAAGGGCAAAUGCUAUUACUACAAGCUCUUACAGGGAACAAAUCUAAGGAUUAGAUUUUUGUUGCUCCUAUUUCAGCUGGUAGCUGAGGUAAAAAGUUUCUAGGGAAGUUUGAUACGGGUAGAUGAAGACUAUUUAAAACAGGUAGGCUGAGUCACAUUCUUCCAUUCUGUCUGGCAGGAAAACAGAACCUCUCUUCUGCUUCUCACUAAAUUAAUAAGAGAGCUGAAGACUGGGAAGAACCUUUUUAGUUUUCCCUUUCACUUCAUCUAAGUGUGCCUCAUUUAUUCUUGUCACAAGUUUACCCUGUUGCAUUUUUCAUUAUUGCUUUGUACCAGUGUCAUUUACAUUAGUAUUGGAACAUCAAAAAUAGGCCCCAUGUUUCCAGUAUCACCUGGUAACUUUCUAGGAUGCUUUUUGCUUUCCAUUUUGAGUAAGAGCAAGACAGACACCUUAAAUUUGGUACUUGAACUCUGCUUUUGCAAAUACUUUGGGGAUGAGAAUGUGAUCAAGACAAAUCUUGUUUAUUGAUGCCUGGAUAACUUGCAGCCAUUAUACUGGAAAACUGAGUUGGCUCUUCUCUGCAUGUACUACAAUCCAAACACAAUACUUCUAUUUUAACAGAAGCUCUCUUUUUUUCUGGACUUUCCAGUGACAUUCCAGUGACAAAACCAGCUGACAUAAUUUGUACACACAUAUUUUUCAUAAGCAGAACAUCAGGCCUGAAGUUCUGCUUCUGACUUGAAGCCAUUUUUUUUUAUGAGUUUUAAAAAUAUCAGCAGUAAAGACUAUUCUCUAUGCUGACUAAAAUAGCACUUUGGAGAGACCCAGUUUGCAUGGAAGCCAAUGGACCAGUGCAUAAUAUACAAAUAUCUUGUAAAAUGUAACACUGUCUUUCCUCUCUGUAUAUUGACGUCAUUGUUCUGGCCACAGGGAAAGUGGCGUGAUUCAGCAGCUCAGGAAAAGGGAACAUGUAAUCACACACACCUCUGGACCAGAGUUAUGGCAGGAGAGGAGAAUGAUCAGCCCAGUCCAAUUGCUUGGGAAUGGAAAAGCCCAUGAUUGUUUCUUGCUUGUUUGGUUUUGUUAUAGCCUUGUCUUGGGUUUGUUUACAGAGAUGUAUUUUGUUUAACCAAAUAUUAAAAAUGAGAAAACCUU